CCGACAUGCAGCGCAGUGGAGGCUGACGCACAACCUGAGCAGCUUCAAACACACAGCCACUCAGUCACGGUCGGUCCUCUCGGCGAUGCUUACCCGACUCCGCACCACAGAUUGAUCACCGACCACCGCACAGCCGACCACCCUCCAGCUGAGCCCUCAGUGCAGCGGAGAGAGAGCGAGCCAAGCAGCGCCCCCCUCUCUGAGCUCCAGGAAGAAGACGCAAACAUGUCAGAGAGGAGAGGUCAGAAGAAGUCCAUAUUUCUGUCGUUAUUAGUGUGUUGCAUGUUUGCAAGUGCAGAGUAUUCCAGCUGUGGCGAGUACGAGUUCUUCAACCAGACCAGUAACAGCUGCCAGGCCUGUCCUCAGUGCCAGCCAGGACAAGAGCCACAUAUGACCUGCGGCUACGGUGUGAAGGAUGAGGACUUUGCCUGUGUGCCGUGUCCACAGGGGAAAUACUCCAAGGGGAAGUACGAGAUCUGCAGACGCCACAAAGACUGCGACGCCCUCUACAAAGCCACGGUGCGUGCGGCUGGGACUCCGGACAGCGAUGCUGAGUGUGGGCCAUGUUUACCGGGGUAUUACAUGCUGGAGAACAGACCCAGAAACCUCUAUGGGAUGGUGUGCCACUCCUGCCAGAACGCACCGCGCAACACCAAAGAAUGCAUGCAAAGCACCAGACCAAGAGAGAAACCUGUUAUUGACCCUUUCAGCACGACAGUGUUCCCUCACCCAGAUAAAGGUUCCAAUGGACAGGGUCACCUAGCAACGGCACUCAUCAUCGCCAUGUCAACCAUAUUCAUCAUGGCCAUCGCCAUUGUCCUCAUAAUCAUGUUUUACAUCCUGAAGGCAAAACCGAGUGGACAGGCAUGUUGUUCCGGACAAGUUGUGAAGGCAGUGGAGGCUCAGACCAACAAACAGGAAGACAAGAAAGAUGUUCCAGACAACGUGGUGAUCUACUCAGAAAAGGACGAGUUUGACAAACUCAAAGCUCCUCCACAGAAGACGGUCAAAAGUGAAAAUGAUGCGUCAUCAGAGAACGAGCAGCUGUUAAGCCGCAGCAUCGACAGCGAUGAGGAGGCUGCGUCUGACAAACAGGGAUCAACCACCACCAACAACACCAACCCGUGCCUGGUCAACCUGGGCAACAAGCCCGACCUCUGCCUCCUCUCUCUGGGGCUGCUGGAGAGCGACCACGCCUGCAAUGGAUCCCCCACCAUCACGGCCGGCCAGGCCAACAACAUCCCGAGUCCCAACCAUGUCGGAAACGUCAACCACAUCACCAGCAAUAACCACAUCAGCAACAUGAAUGCGAUCAAUAACAACAAUAAAACCCCAGGGAUGCUACAAAGUCGAAGGAAAAAGAUCCUGGAUCUAUAUGCCAGAGCCUGCAAUGCAACAGAGGGCCUGAGCCCCACAGAGCUCCCCUUCGACUGUCUGGAGAAGACCAGCCGCAUGCUGAGCUCCUCCUACAGCAGCGAGGCGGCCGUGGUGAAGACGUGGAGGCACCUGGCCGAGAGUUUCGGCCUGAAGCGCGACGAGAUCGGCGGCAUGAGUGACGGCCUGCAGCUCUUCGAGAGGGUGAGCACGGCGGGCUACAGCAUCCCUGACCUCCUGACCCGCCUGGUGCAGAUCGAGAGGCUGGACGCAGUGGAGUCGCUCUGCUCGGACGUGCUGGGCAGCGGAGAGAUGACGAUGGUCGCCGGACGGCAAGGCAUCAGCAGUUUUCACAGCCAACUGGUGUGUCAGUCCCAGUACCCAUCACCCUCCCAACGCUGCGCCAGUGUCUAGACAUGUGGCGGAGCAGAGACUUCAGUAUACAUUUAUGUAGGGACAGAUACUGCCCUAACUAGGAGGACAGCACAUAUACAGCAAACAUAUUACACCCAUCACAUGAAGAAUGUCAGUGGACCUUUGCCGACACAGAUCUCUCUUUCAGAAGCUAGCAAUGUGAAAUUGUUUCUAUGGCCUAAAUUCCCAUCUUUCUAAAGUUCUACAGAGUUUGAGAAAGACAAAAAUGAAAGGCUGCUCGAAUUCACAUUAUUCUUGUUCGGUUGUUUAGAUAUUUUCUGCUUUGCAAGAACAAAACAAUCACGAUGAGUUUUUCAAAUUCCAAGAAAAAAGCUGGUUUAACUGUGCGCUGGAUGCAACACAAUAACCUUUAAAGGCAAAAACAACAUUUCGUAAGCAGUAUUAAAAAAGAUACAGUGUGCAGCAGUGCCACCCGACUUUUUAGCCACCCCCUCACUGAACCAUCUGCUGACGGAGCUCCAUGUUUGUGUCCAUACAAAGGAAGUGACCUGGUCUGACUGCAGCAACCAUCAAUAUUCAUGACUUUGGUUGUGCUGUCGUCAUAAAGACAGACAUCAGAUACAAGCUCCCAAUUUUAGAAUGCAAAGAGUAUGCCCAGCUGGAAACGCUAAGACAUCUGGGAAACGUUGCUUUUGAACUUUGAGCGUUUAGGGACACCCUCUGUGUCUCUGGUUGAAUUGUAAUGACACCAGCAAAGACACAACUAUAGUCAAGAGUGGAUUAUGGGAUUUUAAUGAAUUACCUGAAGAUUUGAUGUGUUAAAUUUGCGCUCUUGAGAUUCUUUACUACACACUGCUUUUGCGAAGUAUGUAAAUCACACAGGCCGAUAUGCUCGCUUCCUAAAACUACUUCCUCAGCCGUGAUCCAUUCUGUGACCCCCCUCACCCCCAGUAAUUCUUCCAGUCUAUCCCCCCCUUUCCCCUUUCACCCCAGCGCUGCGGUCUAGUGCUGCCGCCAGUCCUAAUUAUUUGGCGUGUGGCUUGCCGGGCCCCUAAUAGGCUGAAGUGUUGUGGUUUACAGAGCGGGUGCAAAGUGCCUGUGAUUUCCAUCACCCAAUUAAGCAUUUAGGGCCACUUAACCACUGAAAGCCCAGUGGAAACGCUAUAAAAACCAUGCAUUAAAAAAUAGAGAUGCCACAGCAACAGGCAUGACUAACUGCCUCCGGAGGUUUGUGUGCUGCGAGCGGUGCGAGAAUGCAGCCAGCCGUGAUGGAAGCAGAGCUACGGUUGUCCUACAACGUCUGAUCUUGCUCAGCUUUUGUGGCCGGCUCAGUCAUGCUCAGACAGGAUUUAAGCUCUCCUCUACCCUAUGGGACCAAUAAAGCAAAUGAGAACAAUAUGCAGGGUUGUCCACUUCUGAAAAGUAGCCUAAGCCAGUUUACGGUUGUUAUGCACAGAGACUGAGGGUGGCUCCGUACAGCAUCAGAUUAAACUUUACGAAGAGCGUCACGUUUGAUGCACUUCAUUAAUAACAGAUUAGAACCAACAGAUAAGAUGCUGCUUUCUGUGGUGGUCAAGCUCCAAAAUUCAACAAGCAAUGCCAAGACUUACUUUGAUCUCAUUCCUUGGGAAUCGAACUUAUCUUUAUCUAAUGCCUGAUGUUGUCAGCAUAAUGUCCCAUGACUGAUCUCCACAGAAUCAACACAUCACCUGCUUCCAAGUUCUUUUUUUCGACUGCUUUUUGUUCAUUUGUUUGAUUCUGCAAACCCUGGGGCUGGACCCCGGUACUUUAAAUAAAUGUGCAUGUUUGUCAUAGUUUAUUUCCUUUCUAAAAUCUCUUGUAGAGGCAAAGAUAAAGCUCACACUAAAUAUAACUGCUUUCACAGAGCAGGGCUGUCUUCAUCAGAUCCAGUUCAAUUAAUGUUUAACUAGUUAUUUUUAUGAUGUUUUAUGCUGUUGAACUUUUGUAAAUAAUCUAAUUGCUGGACUGAAUUGAAAUGAAAUGGAUCCAAGCCCUGAUUCCAGGCAUGCAAAAUCUUGUCUGACACACAGUAUAUUAUGCUGAUAUACAGAUACCAAACAUGGAUUACUUACCUCAGUAGCACAUACAUUAUAGUAGAACGCGUAGAAACACACAUGCAAAGCCAUCAC